GCGGAUGCUGUGCACGGAAAGGCGACACACAUACAACAAAUUGAAUGCGUUUUUCAAAAAUAUUGAACAAGUGACUUUGUUGAUGAUGCGACAAGUGCCAAAAAUACGCAUGUAAAGCAAAACACAACAACAGAAAAGAAGAAGGCACAAACAACAGAAUCGCAAAAAAAGUCAAAUAAAAACAAAGCCUGGCCGCCGCCAUGGCUGCUUAUUUUGAACGCCACGUGCAGACGACGACGGAGUCGCCGACAAAGUCAGCGACAUUAGUUAUCACUGACAACAGCCACCAACAGUAACAACAAGAAGAAGAAUAGUAUAGCGUAGUAGUUGUUGACCAUAAUAAAGCCUUGUAAGCUGCAAGUGGCGCCGCAGCAUCUUAAAGUGUUUUGGUCACGCCAUAAAUCAAGUGACAGGCCCCGCGAGCGGCGCGCAUAAACAAAACUCAUUUGCACACGUUGUCCUUAACACCGUGUCCUUUGUCGUCGGCGACAUAGGCGGGCAACAGCAGCAGCAGCAUCGCAGCAGCAGCAGCAGCAACAGCAGUAGAAGGCGCGGCAGCGGCAGCGCAUAAAUUUACCAACAGUUGGCAGCACCGCAGCGCACCGUGGUGAUAACGGCAUGUGUUGAGCAUUGGCACACAACAUACAACACACAGCAGCAAAGCAGCUGCCAGUUGCCUUACAUCGAACGCUUCGUCAAACCGGGGAAUGCUGCACAACUAUCGAUAACGAUAACUUCUUUUAUCGCUUCAAGGAAUUUCGCUGUCAUCCGGUGACAAUUUUCGCCGCACAGCAGCGUCCAAAACAUUUCCCGAGCACAACGAGCAGACGGCGGAGAGAGAGAAAGAGAGAGAAAGAGCAGCAAACAUUUUCAUUGCUGUCGACAGCACAUUUUAUGACGGUCACAUAAUAACGUGUAGCGACAAAACGGUAAACGGCGAGCGGACGUCAUCUAAAGAGUAGAAGGAGAAGGGGAAGGAGGAGAAGGAGCGGAGCGGAGCAAAGCUCUGACGCAACGAAGGAUGCAAAUUACGUGCCACAUGACGCGCCAAAGCUUUUGAUUUGAUUGCGUUUCGGCAAUCGCUCAUUUGCCCAUUCGCUCAGUCAGUCAACCACACAUUGCCUGAUUGAUUGACUCCGACAGUCGCAACGAAUAGUUGACAACCAAACACACACACACACAGACACAGAGGAGUCCUUUUUGUCGUCGGCGCAGCAUGCACAAGAAGCAGCCAUUGCCGCUGGCUGCAUUUCUCAAUAACAACAGCGACAACAACAGCGGCAGCGACAACAACAGCAGCAGCAGCAUCAUCAGCAACAGUCACAGCAACAGCCACAGCAACAGCAACCACCACAGAGGAACAGUCAGUAGCAUUGUUGGCAGCAGUCGCAUGGGUCGACAACAACCGGCAAGCAUGUGCUUCACCAGCAGCGCCGCGAAUGGCGCCCAAGGUGCCGCAAAUUCGUCAGCGGGCAGCGCCCAAGGUGCAGCGGGCGUCUCCGGCGGUGGCGCCACAGCAUCAUCCACAUCCAAGGCGGACAAACAAAGAGAUAACGGCGGCGGUGGUCUCGCUGGCGGACUCUGCGGUUGCCAAAAGGCGCCCAAAUCCCAUUGCAUAUCAGCGACAGGCGUACUGCUGUUGGUGCUGCUCUACACGGCCAUGGGGUCCAUCAUCUUUGUAACGCUCGAAGGCGAGCUGGAGGACGCGAAUGCGCUGGAAACAGCUGUUGCCGCCUCCAAGCCAUAUCCACGCACCGAACUGGCCAACGCCGAGAUUCGCUCAAGAACUGUCGAUCGUCUGUGGUCGAUAACCGAGGAUCUGAACAUAUUGUACAAGGAGAACUGGACACGUCUUGCCGCCCAGGAAGUGCAAUUGUUUCAGGAUACGCUGCUGCGUGCGGUUCGCCAGUCGAAGGUUUAUCAGCCUGGAGGCGUGCAGAUGAAUGCACCGACACACAAAUGGACCUACGCCUCGGCUUUCCUCUACUCGCUGACAUUAAUUACAACGAUAGGCUAUGGCGGAAUUUCGCCACGCACACAAUGGGGCCGCGUGGCAGCCCUUGUGUACGCUUUGUUCGGCAUACCCAUUGUGCUGCUCUACCUAUCGGCGAUGGGCGAGGCACUGUCGGCGGGCAUGCGUUGCCUGUUUCGACGCCAACGUGUCAAGGGCAGCGUGGGCAGCGGCCCCGCAACCGGACCCAACGGUGGCCGCAAAUCAGACAAGGUCAAGGGUCAACAACAAUACGGCGGCGGUGGCGGUGGCAAGCUGAAUCAAUACGGCCUACCACCCUCCGUCUACCAGCAACAGCAGCAGCAACAACAGCAGCAACAGCAGCAGCAACAACAACAGCAACAGAAUCGCAAGUCGCUCGAGUCGCGCGGAUCACCAAGUGUCCCCAUCUCGAUAUGUGUGUGCGUGUUGCUCUGCUAUGUGACGAGCGGUGCGAUUUUGUUUCACAAACUGCAGAAUUGGAGUGUGCUUGAAUCGUUGUACUUCUGCUUCACAUCUCUGGGCACCAUUGGCUUUGGCGAACUGUCGCCCAGCGGCACACUGACCCUCUACAGCGCCUCCGCUUACAUCUUAGUGGGCAUGGCUGUGGUGGCGAUGUGCUUCAGCCUGAUACAGACAGAGAUUGUGAUGUGGCUGCGACGGUUCAGUGUGCAGGAUCAUGUGAUGCCCAAGGCCGAGGAGUUGGCUCUCGUCACCGUCGCAGUGACUCCGAAACCCUCCUGACAACGACCCAGCGCUGACCUGUUGGGCGGCGGCGCCGUGGGCGGCAGCCAAGCAGCAGCAGCAGCAGCGGCGGCUAAUAGUCUUGGCCAGCAUCAGACGAUGUUCUUUGGCCCAGCGCACACGCUAACCCAAUACAGUUCGUUGCCGCGACGCAGUCACCUGCAUGGCGGUGGCGGUGUGGCAACCUCUGGUGGCGCCUCGACAUCAGCUUUCCAACGCAACACGCCCAUACGUCGCUCCACCGGCAUACCGGAGCAUCACAUGGAGUACUUUGUGCCGCGCAGCAUCAGUGAGUUCAAUUUGUCCGGCGUCGGAGACUUGGCGCUGCCCCCGCCGCGUCGCUUCUCGCCCAACAUGGGCAUCGGCAUGCCGCCCCCGCCGCCCAUGGGCAUGGGCGUUGGUGUUGGCGUUAACAUGGGCGUCAACAUGGGCAUGGGCAUGGGCAUGCCGCAUGGCCUGCAAUUGGGGCCGCCACAGACGUUACUCUGCGCCGCCGCAGCUGCGGGAGGAGGUGCUGGUGCAGGAGGUGCUGGAGCACCGCCGCCGGCACAGCUGCAGAUUGUCACACUGAAGCCGCGCAGCGAGAAGAUGGUCACCUUUGAGGAUGAAUCGAAAUCGGGCGGCGUCUCAGCGACGACGGCGGCGGCCACACAUUGUCCGCACGGUGUGCCGACUACGCCGCGUAAAUCGAAUGCUGGCGCCUCGACAUCAACGGGCGAUAUCUUCAUGUGACCAGCCAUCUGACCAACUGCAGCAGCAGCGACAGCAGCUGCAGUGGAGCAACAACAGCAGCAGCAGCAGCAGCAGCAAUCAACAAGCGAGGAUGGCGCCGAGUUGAAUGCGGCGUUGCGAUUGCGUGACAGCAUCGAUGAUGCGCUCUGUCCCAAGCAGGCACCAGGUGAGGUGAUACGUGUCUAAGCUGAGUUGAGUAACCCACACACACUAACCCAAAAACACACACACACUGUAAGUAUAUGCACACACACACACACUAACACAAAUACACACAAACACACAGAGUCACAAAGUCACAGCAGACACGGGCAGAGAUAAGAAAUCAGAUGAGCAUAAAAUGCUGCAUACUUUUUGGGGCGUUGCCUACAAAAUUCCACACAGCAUUCGCUUUGCUAAUUGGAUGCCAGCAAAAAAGAAAAACAACAGCAACAGCAACAAGAACAAGAACAACAACUAGAACAGCAACAGCAACAAGAACAUUUCUAUAGUGUUAUUUAAAUUAUGUAAGUUAAGCAAAUAUUUCUGAUUAUGCGUGUAAAUACAAAAUAACAACGACAACAGUAGCAGCAGCAACAGCAACAAGAACAACAACAACAACAACAAAUUGCGGGCGCGUGUUGUAAAUAGGUAUAAAUAUACAUAUAUUCAAAUGUGUGAAAAACAUGAAAAGCAAAAUAACAACAACAACAACAACAAGUUCGACUACAACAACCAAAGCCAACUUAAAUUAAAUUGAAAUUUAAAUUCGAAAUGUUAAAUGCAAAUUGCAUAAAUAAUUUGAAUGCUUUGGCUGUUAAUGCCAAAAACAAAAAACAUUAAAAACAAAUUGCAAAGGAAAAAAAA